CAAGCGGAUUGGAUGACUGGGUAGGAGUCGCGUUUGACUCAUAGGUUCCGCGGCGUCGGCGCUUACUGUGUGCCUCAUUUCCGGGCGGCGCGGGUCGGAGUGGGCAACGGCCUGCAGAGCAACAUGCCUAAGUUUUAUUGUGACUACUGCGACACGUACCUCACCCAUGACUCUCCAUCUGUGAGAAAGACACAUUGCAGUGGUAGAAAACACAAAGAGAAUGUGAAAGACUAUUAUCAGAAAUGGAUGGAAGAGCAGGCUCAGAGCCUGAUCGACAAAACAACCGCUGCAUUUCAACAAGGAAAGAUACCUCCUACUCCAUUCUCUGCUCCUCCUCCUGCAGGGGCAAUGAUCCCACCUCCCCCCAGUCUCCCGGGUCCUCCUCGCCCUGGUAUGAUGCCAGCGCCCCACAUGGGGGGCCCUCCCAUGAUGCCUAUGAUGGGCCCUCCUCCUCCUGGGAUGAUGCCAGUGGGACCUGGUUCUCAGCAUGGGCCUCCUGCUCACCUUUCCUACAACUCCGAACAAACGCUUAGUGGUAAGAUUGUCCUCUGUGCCUGUGUACAUUCAUGAAAUAGCUCCUGGUUAUAUGGUGGGUAGAACUGAUUAAAAAUGCUGACUGAGUAACAUGUAAUUUAGUUGUGAAUUUCCCUGAGUUAGAAAAGGUCAAUUUAGGGAACUAGUGUCCCUGGUGGUUUCUGGAAACCAGUCUAUUAAUAGUUUCCCCCUUACUAUCAUUAGAUCAUGAUUCCCAUACGGUUCUUGUGUUGACCUUUGUUCUUUGUUUGAGAAUGUCUAAUUUACAGAUGUGAUGAAUUUGUUGCAUUUCUUCUGUCAAGUUUGUCUUUCUUCCAGCAUUUUGCAGGGGGGGGCUACUUUCUUGUCUUUAAUUGAAGUCCCAUCGAGCUCGUUCAUAAAUAGUACUU